CUACAAUAUCUAUCAUAGCAAAACUUUCCCAAUGAAGUUGCAGGCACUCACCAUUUUCUGGCUUGCUUUUGUGGCAAUUACUCAUGCAGCGCUAUCUCCGGAGAUUUAUUGGAAAGUUAAAUUGCCCAACACUCAAAUCCCCAAGGUCAUCAAGAAUUUCCUUCCUCAACCAGACAUCGACGUUGCUCCUGAGCUAGAACAAGAUAAUACUAACGCUAAGGAGAAAGUGUACUAUGGUUUAAGUACAUAUGGUACUAUUAGCUGGCAUCGUGCUGCUACAGAGGAUGAAAUUCGUCACUUUACAACAAACAAGAAUGUGAUCAAACAAGUAACUGAAGGAAGCAGUUUCGAGGCUGAUCUGAAAGAAGACCGUCCUUUGAAACAAUACUUCUUCUUAGAAAAGGGCUUGGAGAAAGGAAACAUUAUCAACUUUCCCACUCUCCUAAACAACAAUGAAGCACCAUUUUUGCCUCGACAAUUUGUGGAAUCGAUUCCCUUCUCGAUGGAGAAAAUUUCGGAGAUUCUCAACCAUUUCUUGAUCGAUAGCAAAUCGAAAGAUGCUCAAGCAAUUGAGAAAACAAUCAAACUUUGUGAAGAGCCAGGAACAAAACAUAAAGAGAAGAAAACAUGUGUGACUUCUUUGGAGUCUAUGGUAGAUUUCGGGUUAUCUGUGCUUGGGACAAAUAAGAUCGUCGCGAUUACUUCUGAGGUACAAGGGGAAACUCAAAAGUCGCAACGAUACACAAUUGAAGAAGUUCAACAGAUAGCUGAUGGAGAUAACAUGGUAUGCCACAAGCUUAACUACGCAUAUGCACUUCAUUAUUGUCACUUUGCAGGAAAUGCAAGAACAUUUAUGGUAUCUAUGGUCGGUGCUGAUGGAAUAAAAGUUAAAGCAGUAUCAGUGUGCCACAAAGAUGCAUCUUUCUGGAACCCUAAGGCAUUGCCUUUUGUAGUUCUCAAGGUUAAGCCUGGAACUACGCCAAUUUGUCAUUUCCUGAAAGAUGAUCAAAUCCUCUUUGUCCCUUCUGAAUAAGCCACCUAGAUUGCCCUUAUUAAAGAGUGGUAGUUUGCCUUUUAUGGUACUCUAUGUUUCAUCCGCAAUGUAUCUUUAUCAUUAUCUUUUUAAUAAAUGGAGAUGAUCCUGGCGUUCUAUUGUA